AUGGCGUGCCACGGUGCCGCUGCACGGGACCCAGUUUUAGUCGACCAGGAGGAAGCUGGACUUAUGCAGACACAUCUCGCCGCGAAGGGAUACCUGCGGACACGCAAAAUGCCUUGUGGUUCCAGUACCUGGCUGAACUGCGCGAGCAGCUUGAGGCCAUGUGCCCGGAAGACCGAUGCUCUUUCUCGCUCCUCCUCUUACGGCUCCUGGAUUGGAGAUGCACCAAUACGGCAGGCGGCCAUGUGUUGGGGCAUGUCAGAUGACGGGCACAAGAUCUCCUUGCACUCCUCACGGCGGAAGCUGAGCAAGAAAGGGUUGAAAGAGAAGAACUCUACCUCAAAGGGCUGGUUAACGAACACAUCCUGGAGCAACAACGUGAAGAAGGGCGACGCUAUCAGGAAUGGGAAAACUUUGUCUUGGCCCGAGCCAUGGAGGCACCGCGACACCGAAAACGGCGGCAAUGCCUUCAAGUGGAACUCAGCUCCAGCAGCACGGGCCGCCCGGUUCGAGCCAGGCGAGUCCAAGUGCCACCGCAAGCAGGGGUGGACGUGCAAUUCCGUAUGGUGGAAGCUGAUGACACCAGCGCCUUGGCAAGAUAUCGACCGCGCCCACCGGCAGUGGGUUAGUGGUGCCCUCACUGAUGACGCGGUGAUACAGCACUUUGGAAGCAAUGUCCUUGAGCUCUUCCAGGCCCAACGUGACCUGCGCCAGGAAAGGACUUGGCAUCGGGAGGACUUGGAUGCAGGGUUUGGGGCUAUGGCAGAACCGGGCGACAAUGAGGUGAUCUCGGCGGUCGACAACGAGGCUCAGGUGCAACAGGCUGUCGAGGACGUCCUCGCAACAGGGCCGGGGGUGGCAUCGACUGACGGCAAUGACGGAGGCAAUGACCGUGCUUUGUGGCCGUUGGCGUGUAUGCCGAAUGAUGCUGUCGACCAGGGCAUUGACAUUGAGUACUGGUUCAGGGGCUGGCAGAGAGUACAAAAUGUGGAGCAUGCAAGGGCGGUAGAAUGGCUUUCACUGGACCCUGUGUCCCAAGCUUCCAAGAAGAUGGGGAUAGAGGUGCGAGGCAAAGGUGGAGCGACUGCUGCCGACACACCGGUCACCUGUGACGAGGAGCUGGACUUCCUCGACUUUGGCACACACUUCACGACGCAGACCUGCUGCCGUGAGAUCAUCAUCAAGAACCACGGCCAGUUUGGUCGGAGACUGUCGUGGUCCAAGGAUAAGGACAAAGACAAGAAGAACAAAGACAAGAAGGAGGAGCCGAAGCGGCAGCGGAACAAGAAGGAGGUGGAGGCCCCUGUGGUUUUCCGCGUGGAGCCUGAGUCGGUGUUGCUGGACCCGAAGACGGCGUACAGGUUCACCUUCAUGGCUCUUAGCCCCACACCCGGCACGGUUGAGGACGAGCUGGUUUGCUCUGAGAUCGUCGAAAAGGGGGGAGGCGGCAAGAGCAUUUUCAGGACACACCUCAAGGCUACCUUCGUUGCACCGCAACUGAAGCUCUCGAAGAACCGGCUCGAGUUUGAGUUCCUCUGGGACAAGCAUCGGCCCAUCGCAUCCAUCACCGAGCCCCUGCGGCUGGAGAACACAGGACCCCUUGAGGUGCGCUUCACGGUACAGGUCCAGUACCCUUUCAGCACGGAUAUCGAGGAGGGCGGCAUUCCCCCCAACGGGGUGCAAGAGAUUCUGGUAGACUUUGAUCCCAGCUACAAGGUAGAUCGCAAGAGCGGCACCGUCAAGCAACGCAUGACAAUCCAGUACGAUGAGCAUCCCGCCGUCAAUGUGGUUGACUUGAUUGGCAAGGUGGUCUGGCCGAACAUUGAACUCGAUACGACGAAGAUCGACUUUGGCACAGUCUUGAACGACACAUCGAAGAGGAUGGAGGUAAGGAUGACGAACCCUACCGUCCUUUCUGUAGCCUACCGAUGGUGCUUUGCCUUGUCGAGGGAGAAGCAGGUUGAAGAUGCCUCCAAUCCACGCACGCCCGGCACAACCAGCCAGCUGGACUCCAGGACGUCCUUCCCGGGACGAUUCCAGGGAUCUGUGGUGUCGCUUACAGCGCACAGCGCCGUGGCCGAGGAUGGCGCUCUCAACAGCCCCGUUUCUACCUCGGCGAGCUGGGCCAGCUUGAACACGAGUUUGGGUCACGGAGACGGACACAAUGCACUGCAAGACGUGGAACUGAGCCAGGUCUUCGACAUCUUGCCGAUCUACGGACGGCUGGAGCCCGGUGAGACCCAGGUCGCUACCUUCACGUAUGAAGCCCUUCGCGAUCGCUUCUUCAAAGCUGUCGCGGUCUGCAUGGUGGACGGUGGCCCGGAGUACGAGGUCGCCUUGAAGGGCACUGCUGCGCCCUGCAAAUACAGCUUGGACAGGAACGAUUUGGAUUUUGGCGACAUUCCAUUUACCGAGGUGGGAGAGUCCGAGAUCUUCCUCUCCAAUCGGGGCCAAGUGCCUGCCAGUUUCAACUUCAAUUUGGCUGGCAUCUCUCGACCGUUCGUGGUCGAUGUGGUGCCAAACAACGGCAUCCUAAAACCCGAGGAGCGUCUCAAGGUCGUUGUGCGAUUCCGCGCCGGUAUCCCUGACCUUGUCGUUGAGACAGUCCUUGUGGAAGUUGCACAUUUCGAGCCAGUCACGCUCACGGUACGUGGCCUGGGGACCUUCCCGGGCAUCGUUCUGGACCUUCCGCGGAAGAACGAGGCCGAACACCGUCUGCAACUAGAGGCCGCCAGCCGGCGGCUGCAGAGGAACCCGCAGGUGUCUUCGUCCAGUGCCUCAGCUACAGAGGACGAUGGAGAGGGGAUGCUGUCCAAGCCCAACAGUGCAGGUGCCGGCAACCGGGGCCGGAGCACCACCGGCGGUGACGAGGAGCUGCUCUCCCUCUAUGGCCCUGUGGACGAGUCCCUUGCUGGCGACGAUGCACCGGCCGAACCGGAGCUUGACCUGGAGUUGGAAGUGGAUCGCCACUACCUCUGCGAGGUGCUUCUGAAGGGUGGUCGUGGAGAAUCAUCUGCUGCACAUCCAGCGUCGCCCUUGGCCAUGCAGCGAGUUCCGUCCAUCAGCCCCAACAACCGGCGCCGCCGUGACGGAAUCGACUCUCCUCCUGUAACUGCAGCGCAUUAUGUUUGCGAUUUCGGCCACAUCCCUUUGGGACAGAUCAGCACCCGGAAAGUGAACAUCCACAACUGCUGUGCGGAACCUGUCUCUCUCUUCCUGGACAAGAAGCUCUUGCGAGAGAAUGGCUUCCUGGUGGAGCCGGACUCCAUCAAGCCGCUCCAACCGGGCAAGAGCUGUCUGCUCCAGGUCUCCGCCACACGCGGGCGUGACGAACCUGAAGGAACGAUGGAGCUUGAGUGGAAUCUGCCGGUGAGGGGUGGACCGAACUACAAAGUUCAGCUCGUGGCAGACUUCGUCUUGCCUGACCUGGUUCUCUCGACCGAGUUCAUCGACUUUGGCCGCAUUAUCGUCGGUCAUCGGAAGCGCGUGAUGCUGAUGUUUGAGAACACGAAAGCCAUCCCCGUGGAGUGGGCCUACGCGGAGCCCAAGAGCCACAUCGGCCGAUCGUCUGAGCCGGCCUUUGACCUGACUCCUUCCAGCGGAGUGUUACAGCCUGGGGAGAGGAAGGUGCUCACUGCAUCCUUUGCACCCGAUGCUGCGCAAGUCUUCACAGGCACGCUGCAGAUCCGAAUGCGCGACAACCAGCGCCGGAAGUCGAUCGUUGUGACGGGUCGCGGAGAUGUUCUACGCUUGGAGGUCCGGCCCAGCCUGAGCUACACGCUUGGCCCUGUCAUGCCGAAUGGCGAGGGAUGCUCCGAGGAGUUCUGGCUCGUCAACCCCACCGACUAUCCCAUCGAGGUUUUCAGCACCGAGUUCGAUGAGAAGUACUUGGCCGAGGAGCGGGCUCUCGCAGACUACGAUGGCUACCACCGUGGCACAGCAGAGGUGCCGCUCCGGCAACCGGGCGAUGGCAUGUGGAAGCAGGUUGCCAGCCGAGUUGUCGAGAUUCGCAAAGCGCGGAAAGAGGAGGCGGAAGCGGCCAAGGCGGCCAAAGAGGAGGAAGAGGAGGAGCAGCCGCCGCCGGAGGCGGAUCCUGAGGCUGAAGCCCUGGAAGCGCGUGCCGCCGAGGAGCUCUUGGCACUUGAGGCCAUCGCAGAGCAGCCAGAUCCUCCAGAGGAGAUGGACGCAUCGGUGUAUCCUUACCGCGUCAACGGCCCGGACCGCGUGAAUGCCAUCCUUGUCGGGCCGCCCAAGUCCGGCAUGUCCACGCUUGCCCGGACAUUGUGCAAGGAGGACAGCCGGCGCUUGCUGAAGAUCGAUGCAGUCCUGGACUGGGCCCGAGAGGCUCCGCCGUGCCUCCACAACGACUGGAAUGCUCGAACCACCGGCAAGAAGCUCCAAGGAGGCCAGACCGUGACCGUUCAUGAGGUCGCUCACUUGCUGAAGAAGCGCUCGCAGCUGGCGGACUGCAACACUGGGAUCAUCUUGGAUGGGCUAGAGAGCCAGCAUCUACAGCCCAAUGAGGUCGUCGAGGCCCUGAUCGAAGGGUUCAAGGCCGAGAAGGUGGUUUUGAUCACCGUGGAUCUUCCCAGCCAGGAGCAGAAGUUAGGGGACGAAGAGGGGGAGACAACAGAGGAAGCCGACGCCGAGAAGGAGCCAGCGGAGAAGGCCCCGGCGGCGGAGGCCGAAGGCGAUGCUGUGGAGCAGCCCUUAGUGCUGCGGCCUUCGGCACCGGCACAGGCCUUGUCGCGCAUCUACACGUCGCUGCAGACAGAGCUGAAAGACUAUACGCAGGAGCUCCGAGCGGGCCUUCCAGCCCUCGAGGCAGCACAGAAGGCUGCAGAGGAGGCUCUUGCAGAGCUGAUGGCGGAGAAGGAUCAAGAACCUGUUGAGCCGGGAGCUACUUUGGAUCCCAAGCUCUUGGAGCCCGAGGAGGAGGUUGAAGCAAAGCAGGCUGCCAUCCUCCAAGCCAAGAAGGCCCUCGCAGAGGCCAAGCGCGACUUGGAGUUUGCCCAGGCAGACCUGGCAAGCGCAGAGGCCGCCGUCGGGUGGAAGCCCCCUGAGGUCGAGGUCGAUCCGGAAAUCGCCGCCGCCUUGGAAGCCAUGAAGGAGCCGGAGAAGCCACCGUCUGCCAAUCCCAAGGCCAAAGCGAAAGCCAAGGAGAAGCCUGAGGAGGAAGAGCCUCCAGCGCCCGCAGAGGAACCAGCAGCAGCGCUUCUAACAAAGCGUGUUGCAUCGAUCGAGCAAGAGCUCCGCCGGCAGCAGAUGGCGUCAGCAUCAUCAGCUCCUUCAGUGGUCAUUGCAGCUCCUGGCGGCUUUGUGCCUGCACCGCCCACCGAGAAUGUCGCUUUGUUGAAGUUUGUCCGGGUGCAACUACUCGGCGGCUGGACCGUGGCGAGGCUGGUCACCGGAAAAUCGUACGACCUCCACGCUAAAGCUCGCGUGACCUCUUACCAGAAGCCGUGCCACUACGGGUUGCCUCCGGUAGAAGAAAUUCCAGCAGCUUUGCAACCGUGGCAGCUGUGGAGCAAGGUGGAAAUCCGACCGGACUGA